AUGAGCAUAUCAUUGGUAAUAUUAUUUGCCUUCUGCAUCAGCGUUGGUUCAUCGUUGAAGCCGACGGUGUUCCCAAGUAAGUCAUUUAAUGUAACCAAAGACGUAAAUGUACUUCAUAAUGCAAUGAAAGGCAUCGGCACCGAUGAAGGGGCCAUUAUUAACAUCCUGACGAAGCGCUCAAUGAAUCAGCGACUCAGAAUCGCUGAAAUUUACUCGUAUCAACGUGCUAAGUCCUUAGACUUCGUGAGUCAAUUGAAGGAUGAACUUUCCGGCGACUUUAAAAAACUUGUUGUGGCACUUAUGACUCCACCACUCGUAUACUACGCCGAAGAGAUGCACGACGCUAUGGACGGCCUGGGCACCGACGAGGACGCUAUUGUCGAGAUUCUCUGUACUUUGAACAACAACGAGAUCAAAGAGAUGACUACUUUUUAUGAGAACCUAUACAGCAGGAGCCUAAAGAGUGACAUACAGGAUGACACAUCUAGCGACUUUCAAGAGUUGCUUCUCUCACUCCUCAUGGCUAACAGAGAGAUAGAAAAUAAAGUCGAAAAUGACGCGGCUGUAUCUGACGCUUGGAGUUUUUCUGGAUAUUACGAGGAACAGUGGAUACCUAAAGAAAUUAUAUUUAAAAACAUCAUCUGUUAUCGCAGUUAUCCACAGCUUAGACAAACCUUCAUCGAGUUUUUCAAUCUUUGCAAUUAUGAUAUUGAAAAACGAAUCCAAGAGAUGGGAUUUUCUAGAGAUUUCGAGAAGGGACUUCUUCAAAUUGUGAAACGUGCCAAGUCGAAAAGUGGCUUCUUCGCCGAUCGCCUCUACAACAACAUGAACGACCCCCGAACUCUGACCCGCAUCAUAGUUUCCCGAAGUGAAAUCGAUCUUGGAGAUAUUAAACAGGAAUUUAAGAAACGCUAUGGAAAGGAACUUGAAACUUUGAUACAUGAAAACACAUCUGGUGACUAUAGAGACUGUCUUCUCGCCCUUGUGUCAACAUAA